AUGGAUAUGUCAACAUCAGACAUGGACAUGAGCACCUCCAACAGCACCAUGACCAGCAUGACCAGCAUGAACAUGUCCAUGAUGUCCAUGACAUUCUUCAUAUCCAAAACCACAGCCCUCUACUCCAACAUGUGGACACCCAGCAGCGACGCCGGGUACGCCGGGACCUGCAUAUUCCUAAUCAUCCUCGCAACCCUCUUCCGGGGUCUCUUAGCCGUCAAAGCCUGGAAAGAAAGCGCCUGGCUCGCCGCCGAAACCAACCGUCGCUACGUCACUGUUGCUGGAAAAGGUCCCAAAUCUGAACGGAUUUCCGUGGAUAGCGAUGCCAAGAAUAUGGUGUUGAGUGAGAAUGGGGUUGAGGAGAAUGUUAUGGUGGUUAAGACACGCGCGAUGGCGGUGAGACCGUGGAGAUUGAGUGUUGAUCCGGUGAGGGCUGUUAUGGAUACUAUUAUUGCUGCUGUGGGAUGGUUACUUAUGCUCGCAAUCAUGACGAUGAAUAUCGGAUAUUUCCUAUCCGUCUUGGGCGGUACAUUCCUGGGGAGUUUAGCACUAGGUCGCUAUGUCAUUGCCUUUGAGCAUUAG